CUUGGCGGCUGGCGGCUGUCCUGCGGGCAGGCACCGGUAGCGGCGGGUGUCCCGCUCCGCCGGCCCAGCUCCCGCGGAAUCCCCGGCUGGUCCGGGCCGGAGUGCCGCACUCACGGCGGCUCCGUCGCAGGCACGGAGCGAGGAGCAGCCCGCGUCCUCCGAGGUCAGCGUCAUGAGGAGCCUGCCGUUCUUCUGCCGAGGUCAGGUGGUGCGUGGCUUCGGCCGCGGCUCCAAGCAACUGGGCAUCCCCACAGCCAAUUUUCCUGAACAAGUAGUAGACAAUCUUCCAGCUGAUGUGUCCACUGGCAUCUAUUACGGCUGGGCCAGCGUUGGGAGUGGAGAGGUCCAUAAAAUGGUGGUGAGCAUAGGAUGGAAUCCAUACUACAAGAAUGUGAAGAAGUCCAUGGAAACCCAUAUCAUCCAUACCUUCAAAGAGGACUUUUAUGGGGAGAUUCUCAAUGUGGCCAUUGUUGGCUACCUCAGACCUGAAAAGAACUUUGAUUCUUUAGAGUCACUUAUUUCUGCGAUUCAAGGUGAUAUUGAAGAAGCUAAAAAACAACUGGAUAUACCAGAACAUUUGAAACUCAAAGAUGACAAUUUCUUCCAAGUUUCUAAAAGCAAAAUUAUGAAUGGCCACUGAUGAAAAGUCUCGUAGCUGCCCACCCACUAGUGUCUCAGCGCUUCUGAUACAGUCUCAUCUUGAUCACAGUUUAAAUCAAGCGUUUCCUUGUAGCUGUCAAGGGGUCUCCAGCAGUUAACUCCAUCAUGUUGCAUAGAAAAAGAUUCAUUCAGAAAUCAAGGCUUUAAAUGUAAUGUGUUGAUUAAAGUGUAGCACUAGAAAGCUAGUGUCUUGUAAUGAAAAUAAAGUCUGUGAGUGUGGGUGGAAAAGCAAGUUACUAAGGAAAAUGAGGACUGGCCAUAGUUCUUGUGACCAUGUGUGCUGGCACUGGCAAGCCUGACAAGCAUGGACUGCUGAACAGACGCUUUCCAGGAAACGCACCACUUACACAGCUUAGCCAAGGAGGGAAAUCUAUUACUUUGUGCAUUAAUAUAUUUUUACAGUCCUUCAAA